GAAGCAGAGCUGGAGCAGCCGCAACUUCGAGAAGAUUCUGACAGCCACUGUCCAGAAGCUUUCCCAGGAAGCCAGCAAGGAGCUGCAAGACUGCUUGCUCGGCAAUGAGUCGAAGCGAAAGGCCCCGCCGGAGGAGCCUGCGCGGCACAACAGAAUGAAGCGGGGUCUGAAGCCCCCUGCUUCCCCAGAGGAGGAGUCCCAGGAAGAGCCUGACGAGGACACGGAGUCCAAACCCAAGAGUAGGGGCUCGGGCAAGCGCCCCAAGGACGGCGAAGACGGCGAGGACGACGACGACGACGACGACGACGACGAGGACGACGAAGACGGAGACCUUUUCACGGGCCCUUUCAGCUGCCAGACCCCUGCCAAGUCAAAGGCCCUUGGGCUCAAGGACAACCUCGCACCCAAGUACCAGAAGCUGGCAGAAUCCUUCGAGUCUGCCUUGAUGAAGACAUUCCCUGAAGAUUUCUCGAGGUCGGACUUGGCCCUCUUUCUGCAGAUUCUGAAGAAGGAAGAGAUUCAUACUCUGCUCACAGCCAUGGAUGUGUGUCAACUUGAAGGCGACCUCUCCGAGCACUUGGGCGAGGCUGAGCAGGAGUACAAGCGCAUGAGUCUCCGUGGCAAGCGGCUGCUCUCUGCCUGGCAGAAGAAGAUUGUUGCCAUGCAGGCUUUCGGUGGUGUUUUUGCUGGAAUGGCGGAGAGAACGUGGUUCCAAGAAAGGAUACGCGAGCUGACCCAGACCCACCCGGAAUCUCGAGACGCACUUCGGAGAAAAAUCCAGGGCAAGAUCGAGUUUGUGGAUGCAUGCAUUCAGCAUGGACGCUCUUUGGGGCAGCUAGUGCUCACAAAGGCGCUCUGGGAGGACGCCGUCGAGAGCUUCCGGGCUAGAUGUUCCGAGUUGGGUCUGCCAUUGCGGCCACAGCUCUUCCCAGCUGCAGAGCAGAGCCAGCCAGCAGCAGCGCAGCAGCAGCAGGCGGCCGAAGCGGAGGCCACGUCCACCUCAGCAGGUUCUCCAGACAAGGUUCGCGCCCUGGAAGAUAGUCUGCUUGGCUACAACUAUAUGUGGCGGAUAGAGGAGAUUUGGCCUGAGCAGCAGGGCACGCAAAUUGCAUCUCAUUGGAAGCUGGACCUGAGCAUGCAUUUCGUGCGACGCCAAGAUUAUAGAGGCAAGCUGACAAACAUCGUCUCCGAUGCUCGGUUUGUGCUGCCCUUUGAUGCCAUGACCACAGCCGGCUUGUUCUUUGCAGUUGGUGUUGGGCUUCAGGUCCGUGGCUGCAAGCCGCCCCUGCAGAUGGCAGCCCUGGAGUGCCUGGAGGUCGUCAUGGAAGCUUGUAUGCCACGGGACAUCGAUCUAGAUUUGCUGCCUGGUUGUCCUGAAUGUCUGCUUCGUGUGCGAAACUACGAAGUCGAACUCGACACCCUCAGUGAUUUCCUGGACUUCAGCAACCUCACGCAGAGGUGGAACUACACCAAGCUCUUCAGCAGGGGCCAGCAGAAACUGCAGACAGGCAUCAAACUGCACGUUCUCACAUGGUUUCUGCUACGUGUUCCCUUCCAAGAGAGCUUCCAGGACAUCAGCUACUCCCGCCUGCAGCGCCGAUUGAUCCACCGCCUCAGCCAAGCAGCCGAGAAACGCUUCCCUACAGUCCUUAUACCAGACCUACCAGUUCUGCAAGCAGAUCACAGGAUGCACCCGGCGAAGAAGUGA